AGUUAAGUUUGUUUACUUCUUCAACAGAAUUUCUUUUCCUUUCUUCCUCCUUUCCCCACUUUCCUAAAAAAGAAAAAAAGAAAAAAAAAUUCAAUGCAGAAGAAAAUAUAGCUCAAAAAUUGGGGAGAAAAAUAGAGGAAGAAAAAGGGGAGAAUUAAUAUUGAAUAAAUAAUUAUGGCAUUUUUAUGGUAUUUUAUUGGAUUAUGUAUUUUGAUUUUAUCAUCAACAGCACAUUCUAAACCUACAAAUGCAACUAAAUCUUGCAGCAAUGAAAUCAAUAUGAUGCUGGUGAGGUUUUGGGUAAAUGGUGCUGAGGAAGAGUCAUUAGUUGGCACUACUGCUGCAUUUGGGUCUGUAUUACCGACUAAGACGUCACGUGCCUCCAGGAUGCCUGCUGUUUAUACACAGCCUUUGAACGGCUGUUCUUCUUCCUCCACUAAGUUAUCAGGCUCUAUUGCGCUCAUUCGUCGUGGUGAAUGUGACUUCAUAAUCAAGGCCACGGUUGCCCAACAAGGAGGUGCAGGAGGUGUUGUGCUAAUAAAUGAUAAAGAAGGUCCUCUGGAGAUUGCUUGUCCUAAUAAUUCUACCAUUUCAAACGUAACCAUUCCUGUUGUUUCACUUUCUAAGGCGGGGGCAGAUAUUAUUGAUGAAUACAUGAAGUCAGGAAAGAAAGUGGAGAUGAUGUUAUAUUCGCCAGAUCGCCCUAUUGUGGAUUACUCGGUUUCUUUCAUAUGGUUGAUGGCUGUUGGAACAAUUGUUUGUGCAGCUCUUUGGAAAAAGUUCACUAAACCUAAGGAUGGUGAUGGAGCAGCCAAGGAGGAGGAUGAAGAAAUUCUGCACAUUACUGCAUGGACUGCUGUUGCAUUUGUCAUCUCAGCAUCCACAUUUCUGGUGCUACUUUACUUUUUCAUGUCUUCGUGGUUUGUCUGGCUGCUGAUAAUACUUUUCUGUAUCGGUGGAAUUGAGGGACUGCAUAACUGUAUAGUAACGCUCAUACUAAGCAAAUGUAGUUGUAGAAAGAAAACAUUGAAAUUGCCGCUUUUUGGGGAGGUCACUAUUCUAUCUCUAGUUGUCCUAGUACUUGCUGUGGGAUUCGCCAUCUGGUGGGCAGUAAACCGGAAAGAAUCAUAUGGUUGGAUUGGCCAAGACAUUCUUGGGAUUGCGUUGAUGAUCACUGUUCUGCAGUUGGCUCAAUUGCCUAAUAUAAAGAUCGCUACGAUACUUCUCUGCUGCGCGUUUGUCUACGACAUCUUCUGGGUUUUCCUAUCUCCUUCUAUAUUCCAUGAUAGUGUUAUGAUUUCAGUUGCUAAAGGUAAGAAAGCUGGUGGAGAAUCAAUUCCGAUGCUUCUGAGAGUUCCUAAACUAACAGAUCCUUAUAAAGGAUUUGAUAUGCUCGGCUUUGGGGAUAUUCUCUUCCCCGGUUUGCUAAUUUGCUUUACGUACAGAUUUGACGAAGCUAAAAACAAGACAUUACUAAACGGAUACUUCCUUUGGCUGAUGGUUGGUUACGGGACUGGUCUUUGCAUUACCUACUUGGGCUUGUAUUUAAUGCGUGGACACGGCCAACCGGCUCUCCUGUAUCUCGUGCCAUGCACACUAGGAACUUGCGUGGUACUGGGAGCAGUGAGACGCGAACUGAAAGACCUUUGGAACAAUAGCGAAGAAAAAAUGGCUGAAGCGCGUCUAGGAAGCGCGUGAUAAGGCUUUCGAAAGUAUAUAUAAAGGUGACAAAGCACAAGCCAUUAGUGUAUGCUUCAUGCUGCAGAAGUUGUUUAUAGAGUUUGAAGUUUUACAAAAGAACUUUUUUUUUACUUUACUUUAAUUUCCUUCUUCUCUUUUAUGUAUAUUUAAAUCCUUCAAUUAAUCUAACUGCAACUUUACCUUGAUCGUUAUGUAAAUAUAACAGAACAAUAAUGUUGUAAAUCAUUGAAUUAUUUUCAAUAGCAAAUAAUUCCCAUUCUUGUCA